AUGUCGAGGAUCGUAUGCUUUUCUGGGAUGAGCCACACACUGCUGCUCCACGUCCUACUUGUGCUACCCGCUGCUGUUCUCAGUAACAUCAGCACAAAUGGGUCUCAGCCUCUCAAGCUGCGUGUCGGCUUCCAGGCUCCCUGGAACAUGUCCUUCCCCUUCAGCGCCCUGCGGCUGGGCUCGGCUAUACAGAUUGCUGUGGAGAAGGUCACUGGUCUCAUCGCAUCAACAUGGAACAUCCCCAUGUUUGGCUUUGCGGGACAGUCCUCCAAAAUGGACAACACUGAUAUCUAUGACUCCUACAUUAAAAUUGUGCCACCUCUUAAAAGAAGCUCAGAGGUCCUGGAGAAGACGCUGGAGUUCUUCGGGUGGAGUCACAUAGCGAUGAUCGGAGGGGGAUUAGAGUCAAACACAUGGAACAAAGUUGAUGCUUUGUGGAAAACUGUUGAGAAUCCACUAAGAACCAAAUUCAAACUGACUGCAGCCAUCAAGUUUGACACCACCAACCCUGAACUCCUUCAUCAAAAUGUUAAGUACAUCUCAACAGUUGCCAGAGUGAUUGUGGUGCUAACAAACAGCGAGGACUCUAUGGCUUUGUUGCUGGAGGCUGAGAAACAGGGUAUGAUGAACGGUGAUUACAUAUUCUUCCUGCUGCAGCAUUUUGAGGAUAACUUGUGGAAAUAUGCCCAGAACAAAAGGAUAAACCAAGCUGCCGUAAGAGCUUUUGACAUGGCCUUCAUCAUCAGUCAGAAAACCGAUGACAGCUUUGAGUACUAUGACUUCUUUGAGCAGGUUUUCCAGAGGCUAAGAGGACACCCCUUUUGGAGCAAUCUGACAUCUGACAGAGAGAUCAGCCCCUACUCUGCCUACCUGCAUGACGCAGUGCUGCUGUAUGCAAUGGGCCUUAAGGAGGUCCUCAAGGACGGCAAAGACCCUCAGGAUGGACGACAGCUGCUACAGACACUGAAAAAUAAAAACAACUUUCGAUUUAAUGGUGCUUCUGGACUUGUCCACUUUGACGAGAAGGGCGAGAGAAAUUUAGACUACUCCAUUUACGACCUGCAGCACUCAGGAGAUGUUACCAAGUUUGUGCCCGUCCUGCAUUUUGAGAGUCGCACCAAAAAUGUCCGGCCGACAUCUAUGUUUGCUUCUGUGGUUUGGCCCAAAGGACGACCUCCUAAUGAUAACCCAGAAUGCGGAUUCAACAACGAACUCUGUGAAUGGAUAAUUAAUGACAUCGCCCUGCUGGGUCUGUUGGUGGCCCUCCCCGUGGUCGGCAUGCUGGCACUUCUGUCCAUCGGGGUCCUCAUUCUGCAGAGGUUUCGACUCCAGACAAGGCUCGAUGACUCCUGCUGGUGGCUCAUCAACUACAGCGACAUCACCAUCAUCAAGGAGCCCUCGGGAACUCAGGGUUUUUCUCUCAGCACCACAAGAAGUCAGAGUGGGAGCAGUGGGUCUCAGUCCAACUUCUCCAGCAACAGCUAUGGCCUGAGGGACAAGAACGGGAAAGAACAUAUCUACAGCACAAUAGGUCUUUACCAGGGAAAUCAAGUGGCCAUCAAGUACAUCAAGAAUCCCAUCUGCUGUAAUUUCCAGAAGCCUUCAAUUAUCACAGAGUUCAAUGUGAUGAAAGAGAUGAAACAUGAGAACUUGGUGCAGUUUUUUGGUGCUUGCGUUGAGCCACCGAACGUCUGCUUGGUCAUCCAGUACUGCAGGAAAGGGAGCCUGAAGGAUGUUUUAAAGGCAUCAGAUGUUGAGCUGGAUGGGAUGUUCAAGCUGUCCUUUGCAUAUGAUAUCGUCAAUGGAAUGGAGUUCAUCCACAAAAGUAGCCUGAAGUUUCAUGGCAACCUGAAGCCCAGCACAUGUCUGGUGGACAGCCGACUCCAGAUCAAACUCUCAGGCUUUGGACUGUGGGAGUUUAAACACGGGGGCAGAAUCGGGAUCUCACUGGAAAACCCCAGUUAUGAAGAGAUGUACUGGACAGCCCCUGAGCUGCUGAGACAAGUCAGUCUCACGGUCAACGGGACACCUAAAGGUGACAUCUACAGCUUUGCCAUCAUCAUGUGGGAGCUAAUGUACAACUCUAAGUCUGGCCCAUACCGCGACAUCAACCUGGAGCCCAAAGAGAUUAUUAUGCAGUUGCGGACACCUUUCCAAGGGGAGCCCUUGCGACCAGUGCUGUAUGAGCAGCUGUGUGAUGAAAACAUCAACUUACUGCUGAGGGCCUGCUGGAGUGAAAACCCUGACCACCGCCCUCCAGCUGGGUCAAUACGGAGACAGCUGAGGGACAUCAGCCCAGACAGUCAUGCAAAUAUACUGGAUAAUAUGGUGGAUAAGUUGGAGAAAUAUGCAAAUCACUUGGAGGAGGUGGUGGAGGACAGGACCAAUCAGCUUAUGGCAGAGAAGGCCCGUGCAGACAAGCUUCUCUCCAGCAUGUUACCCAGGAACAUCGCAGAUCAGCUGAUGGCAGGGAUGUCAGUGGAGCCGCGGAGCUACGACCUGGUGACCGUCUUCUUCUCUGACAUUGUGGGCUUCACCUCCAUGUGCGCUCUCAGCUCUGCAAUGGAGGUGGUCACAUUCCUGAACGACCUGUACAGCCUCUUCGAUGACAUCAUCAAGCUGUAUGAUGUCUACAAGGUGGAAACAAUUGGUGAUGCUUACAUGGUAGCCAGUGGUCUACCCAUCACCAACGGCAAUAAGCAUGCUUUGGAGAUAGCAACAAUGGCUCUGCAUUUCCUGAGAGCAAUCAAGGUCUUCAGAAUUCGACACAUGCCUACAGAGAGGCUUGCCAUUCGCAUUGGGGUACACUCGGGUCCAGUGGUUGCUGGAGUCGUCGGCAUCACUAUGCCUCGCUACUGUCUGUUUGGAGACACAGUGAACAUGGCAUCCCGUAUGGAAAGCAACGGCUUACCCCUGAAGAUCCACAUAUCUCAGUACACUGCAGACAUUCUUAUCCAGGCUGGAUCAUUUGAGUUGGAGGAAAGAGGAGAAAUCGAACUUAAGGGUAAAGGGAGUCAUAAGACCUACUGGCUGCUCAACAAAAGUGGAUUUAACCCUCCUCUUAUUGCUCACAGCUCUCCGACAGCUGACAGUCUCAAACAACAAACAGAGAAACCUGGAGUGGCAAAGGCCAUGGACAAAAAGGCCCAGAAAACCCUGACCAAAGCUCAAAUGAUAGACACCACCAGUGUCCACAUAAAGAACUAGUGAAUAUUCUGAUCAUAUUUUGGA